AAGUAGACAUAACAAAUGCUGGCAUUUAUUGUGUGUCCACAUCUGGAAUUCACUCAUUUUGUUCACAUUGAUUCUUAUUUUACAGUGGAUCAGCAUGUGAAGUCCUUAGCUUCUGUUCUCCCAUAUUAUAAAAGUGGCGAUGGAAAAAGAGGAGGGAGCAAAAACUGUUACGGAUCCAAUGGCAGAACCAUCUAUGUUGCGGUUCCCAUUGGUACUGUGGUUACAGAGGAUGGUGAAGUUGUGGCUGAGCUCUACCAGCAUGGUGAAGAGUAUGUUGCAGCAUAUGGCGGAGCUGGUGGAAAAGGCAAUCGUUUCUUUCUAUCCAAUGAAAAUCGAGCACCAACAUUAGCUACUGAGGGAGAGCCAGGACAAAGAAAAAUUCUCCAUUUGGAGCUCAAGACUAUGGCCCAUGCAGGGAUGGUAGGGUUCCCUAAUGCUGGGAAGUCGUCACUGUUGCGAGCUAUCUCUAAUGCAAAACCAGCUGUGGCUUCCUAUCCAUUCACAACUUUAAUUCCUCAUAUCGGCAUUGUUCACUAUGAAGACUACGAGCAAGUGGCAGUUGCGGAUAUCCCUGGAAUAAUAAAAGGAGCCCAUCGAAACAGAGGGCUUGGUUUUGGCUUCCUAAGGCACAUAGAACACUGCAGCUUUCUUCUAUAUGUCUUGGAUCUUUCAGUGUUGGAGCCAUGGACUCAGUUGCAGAACUUGAAAUAUGAACUGGAACAGUACGAAGAAGGUCUGUCAAAGAGACCUCAUGCCAUCAUUGGAAAUAAGUUUGAUCUACCACAAUCUAAGAGCAAUUUACCUCUCCUUAGGGACCAGGUGGAAGAGAGAGUCAUCCCAUUGUCUGCUCUGACUGGAGAAAACCUGGAGGAAUUGUUACUGCAUCUGAAAGAAUUGUAUGAUGAUUAUGUAAAAACAGAAGCACAGAAUCAUAAGCCUAUGAAGUGGUAGUAGCUGGAAACAGAGCUCCUUUUUAGCCAAAUUACAAUAAAGAGUGGUUGUGGGAGGAAAUAGGCGUUUUCUGAAUGUAUGAUUGUCUUGAACUGUUGAUCAUAAGAUUUUCAAAUAAAGGAAUAAAUACAUUUCUUCCUCCCCAAACUGAAAAACCACAUACCAGUGACUCUUUCCUCCUUUCUAACUGGUCAGUAAACAUAGAAGGAUACUAAGGUAGCUCUUAAAUUGAUUUCUUUGGAUGUAGUGGAGGCCAAAGAUGUGGAACCUUAGAGCAGGGCAGUUUCUCCCUCCUAAUGCAUUUUGUUAAUUUGUCCAGACCAGAAUUUGGGGGGAAAAGGUUUGGUUUGGGAUUUUUUGGGCCUGGUUAAAAGUCCUCUUAUACUUGUUGGGGGAAUCCUGGGAGUUGUAAUAAAUAAUAAUUGUUUAUCCAUAA